AAUAUUACAUGUUCUCGCAUUCUCGCUGACAAAAGCAAAUGAAGCCGUGUUGUUGCCAGCAAAUAAGUCAUAGAAACCCCUAUCUGGGAGACUAGCAGGUUCUAUAAAGCCUAAAUAUGUCGAAAUAGCGACGUCGGCCUUGCACUACAGGCGAGAUAAUCCUUGUAAAUGAAAUUGUUUUUGUGAAGCAGCAGCGGACAUAUUGCCAACGCUCCGCCUGCCUCUCAACAGAAGUUAUUUAGCUAAAUAAGGUUGAGGAAACGCUGGCAUUUUUCAUAUGAUUGGGCUACGAUCAGAAAUCUUCCUUAUAAGAGAAUGAAUUCCGAGGCAAGUUGCUGAAUCAGAGGUGGACGAGAGGAGAACGGAACAGCACCUGCCAAACUACGAAGAGGAAACCAGCCAGAAUGAGUCAGGACGCUGAUGAGAAGCGAACGCGGACGCGCUCCAGGGGAGGCAGAGAAACUGUGGGACAAGAAUUAUGCUGCCCCACCCCUGGAUGCACUGGUGCAGGACACAACACUGGGAGAUACCACAGACAUCGGAGCGUGCAGAACUGCCCGCUGGCCAAGAAGAGGAAGCAAGAGGAGGCAGAGUCACAACAGGACCACCCCACCCCCAAGAGGAAGCCCCACCCCCUGACUCUCGCCCUGGAUGAGGGCUAUAGCGUGGACAGCGCCGGUAGUGACGAGGAGGGCAAGGAGGAUUCCCCCCUCAAGCAGGAGGCGGGGUCAGAGGAGGAGGAGCACAAAGAGAAGGACGAAGAGGCUGUAGCAAAAGAGGAGGGAGGUGGAGGAAGACUGCCCGCAACUGAGGUCACAGAAGAACAGAGCUUGCUGGUGGAAUCCUCAAGUGCUGAAAAGUGUGAAGAUGUUGAACCAUCACCGGUAGCCACACCCUUGACCACAGCCACACCCUCAACCACGUCCAUAAUCACACCUUCUAUUACACAUGAAGUUACACCUACAGUUGUGCCUGAAGCCAUGCCCACUGCUAGGACCCAUGUUUCCAUCUGCCAUGAGGUGGUGGCCAGCUCCCUGCUCCACCUCAGCCAGGUGAUAGAGGUCACGCCCCUCCAGCAGCAGGUUGCCAUAGACACAGAAAGGCCAACGGAAAUGGCCAAGGAGGAAGAGGAGGAAGUGGAGGAUAAAGUAAAGGAUGAAGACAGUGAGGGUGGAGAGGAGACACAAGGGCAUAUCCAAACAGUGGAGUCACCAGAAGUGGGCAGUGCAGAAGUGCACACACAGGAGGAGGGGAAGGUGGUGAAAGAGCAAGAAGAGGAGGAGGAGAAGAAGGAGGAGGAGGCAAGGCCAUGUUCUAGUCAGAGAGACAAUCCAGACCACCAGUACUUCAGCGGGGUCUACACGGAGCUCUGCCCGCAGGGAGCAGGGAAACCUGAGGGGACAGAGGAGCAUGAGGAAGAUGAAGAUUAUGACGAAGAGGAAGAAGAAGGAGUCCACGCCCCCACCAGUGUUCCAGCUCAGGGAUCAGAAUCAGCAGCUCAGGACCAGGAGAACUGCCUAGGAAAAGAGGAGGAGGUGGAUGAUGAGGAAGAAGAGGAUGAGGAAGAGGCAGCCUUCACAUGUCAGAAAGCCACCCUCCUCACCUUCACCAGGCCGCACACAGAAGAGGCAGAGAGAGGCGAUGAGGAGGAGGAGGAGGACGAGGAUGAGGAGGAGGAGGAGGAUCAGGCGGACCAGGAGGAUGAGGCAGAAUCGUAUGACGCUGCGCGUGGGAACCUUGGCCUUCUGGAGCAGGCCAUAGCCCUCAAGGCGGAGCAGGUGCAGGGCCACGCCCCCGAACAGCUCAGGACCUUCACCCUGGAGGAGCAGCCCGGCAGGCUGGGAGACAGCGUGCGCACCAAGGCCUACUGCAGCAAAGAAAGCUCCAGAGCAGACAAAAAAGAAAUAAAAUGUCCCACCCCUGGAUGUGAUGGGACGGGUCAUGUGACCGGCCUCUACCCUCACCACCGCAGCCUAUCUGGCUGCCCACACAAGGACCGGGUCCCACCUGAGAUCCUGGCCAUGCACGAGAAUGUACUGAAGUGCCCAACACCUGGCUGCACUGGACAGGGCCAUGUCAACAGCAACCGAAACACCCACAGGAGGUAUGCUCAAAUCAACCACCAUGCAACUGCAGAACAACCACAACAUGACCACAACACGCACAGGAGUCUGUCAGGAUGUCCCAUCGCUGCCGCAGAGAAGCAGUCCAGAUCCCAUGAGAAGCAGCCACAGCCAGCAGCUCAACCAAUGAGUGAGCCCACAGCAGGAAGCCCCCACUCCGACAGAGUCCUGAGGCCCAUGUGCUUUGUGAAGCAGCUGGAGAUCCCCCAGUACAGCAGCCUUAGACCGGGCGUGGUCCCGGCUACGCCCCGCGCCCACCUGGCCAGGGAGCUGGAUAAAUACUCCCAGGUGUCGUUUGACUAUGGCAACUUUGACGUCCAGGUGUUUGGGAAGCGCAUGCUGGCGCCCAAGCUGCAGCCCGGCGACGCCUCACUUAGACCCUUUAAACCCAAACCGUAUCCCAAAGCCUCGUCCCCCAAGCACGGCAUUCCGGGGGGUUACGUACAGAACGCCACUUCCUCUUCCUGCUCCUCCUCCUCCAGCGGGUACGACUACUCCCAGGAUGCUGAGGCAGCACACAUGGCUGCUACCGCCAUCCUCAACCUGUCCACCCGCUGCUGGGAAAGGCCUGAGAGCCUGAACAUCAAGCAGCAGGAUGCCGCCAGCAAGGACACAGAUAUCGAGGUGGAUGAGAAUGGAACUCUGGACCUGAGCAUGAAGAAGCUGGUCAAACAGGAGAGCUGUAGCCCAGCACAGCGCUCCUCAGAUCACUCAUCCUCCUCUUCAUCACUGGCCCCUGGCGGCAGUGCCAGGAGCAGCGGUGUGACCUCACCCCCCUCUGGCCACGCCCACUGCCCUGAGGAGUGGGAGGGGCCUCUGGACUACACCAAACCCAACCGCCAGAGGGAGGAGCUACCGGACGAGGCGGACCAGGUGGAGCAGUUGGAGCAGACAUAUUCAUCCUCUGAUAACGAGGAAUACGAUGGGCCAAAUGACAGCCUAGGGGACAGGAAGUACCCCGGUGAAGUCACAUCCUCUCCCUUCAAGAUGAAAUUCCAGCCAAAGGAUUGCAAAAAAGAAGUUCUGCUGUGUCCCACUCCAGGCUGUGAUGGGAGUGGUCACAUCACCGGAAAUUACGCCUCCCAUCGCAGUCUUUCUGGGUGUCCACUUGCCGAUAAAAGCCUGCGGUCCCUCAUGGCAGCCCACUCUCCUGAGCUCAAGUGCCCCACCCCAGGGUGUGAUGGUUCAGGGCACAUCACAGGAAACUAUGUCUCUCAUCGCAGUCUCUCUGGAUGCCCACGUGCCAAGAAAGGAGGGAUGAAAUUGACACCCACCAAGGAGGACAAAGAAGACUCAGAACUCAUAAGAUGUCCGGUGCCAGGGUGCGACAGCCAGGGCCACAUCAGCGGGAAGUACGCCACGCACCGCAGUGCGUACGGCUGCCCGCUGGCUGCCCGCAGGCAGAAGGAGGGCGCUCUGAACGGCUCGCCCUUCUCCUGGAAGUCCUUCAAGGCCGAGGGCCCCACCUGCCCCACGCCGGGCUGCGACGGCUCCGGCCACGCCAACGGCAGCUUCCUCACACACCGCAGUCUGUCUGGCUGUCCCAGAGCAUCACUCUCUAAAAAGAAGGCCAGGGUUCCCGGGGAGGAAUACCUCAGCACAAAGUUCAGGGCCAGUGAUGUCCUGGACAACGAUGAGGACAUCAGGCAACUGAACAAAGAAAUCAGUGAACUGAAUGAGUCCAACACUGAGAUAGAGGCAGACAUGGCCAAUCUACACACUCAGAUCUCCUCCAUGGAGAGGAACCUGAAGAGUAUGGAGGAGGAGAACAAGCAGAUGGAGGAGCAGAAUGAGGCUUUGUUCCUUGAGCUAUCUGGCCUGAGCCAGGCCCUUAUCCGCAGCCUGGCCAACAUCCGCCUGCCACACAUGGAGCCAAUCACAGAGCAGAAUUUUGACACCUAUGUGGACACCCUGACGGACAUGUAUUCCAACAAAGAGUGUUACCAGAACCCGGAGUGCAAGGCCCUGCUGGAGGUCAUUAACCAAGCUGUGAGGGGCAUUGAGGUUUGAAGAGAGAGCAGCAGGGAGACUAAAAAACAGAUGAAUAAAUUCAGGGACUUCCCUCUCAGAGAGCAGGCUGCAAAUGCCCCCCCUUCCCCCCAACCUUCCCCACCCCAUCUGUACCAAAACUCUCACUCGCUGCUGCCUGUACGAGGAACAAAGGGGCCUGAUUUGGGGUUUUGACUUCGUUUUUUUUUUUUUUUUUGGGAGUAUGCUUUAUUUGUUGUUGUUUUCAGUUUUGAGGAAGUGUUUGGUUCACUCUUAGAAAUUUUUCCCAAAAUGAAGUUAUCAGGAUGACAAAGAGAGGCAGCAUGAAGCAGGCUAGAGCCUCUCGGUGUGUGCAAAUGUAGCCAACACGCUGGCGAUCGGCUGAAAUUAUGUUCACACCUCUUCAUUAUGGGCCUGAUUGACAGUAAGCUUGCAAUGCACUGAUGUUACACUUGCACCAUGUUGUCGUUAGGUUACAUGUUGAUAUUAGAGUCCUCAGGUUUUGUUAAUGCAGUGUCUGUGUGCUGAUGUCAGACACCUGGUGUGUACAUUCCCUGUGUGCUGGCCUGAGAUGCCUUGUGAGUCUUUGCUGAAAUCAGACCUAAAUUCGAGCUAAAGCACAUGUGAUUAAGUAUGUGUACAUUGCAUGCAUAUUGGCUUGGUGGCUCUUCCAUGUAGGCAACUCAGAUCCAGCAGACAAUCUUUUGUUCUCCGUCUUGAAAAGCCUUGAUUUUCUUUGUUGGACUGAUUUCUCCUGGCUACUUUCACAUACAGAGUUCUGCCUUAGAACUAAAAUAUUUAACUUAUUGUGUAAAGGUCUAAUUCCACCUAAGCAUUUGAUCACUCUUAGUUUUAAUAAAUAGGUUGUAGUUAAAUUAUUGUUACAUAAUUUAUUUAUAUUGAAUGACAAAAAAAUUGUACACUGUAAAUUAUUCAUGAUAUUUAUGUAUUUGAACAUUGCUUAUUUAUUUAUGUUUAUUUUAUCUCGCCUAUUUAUUAUCUGUAUUAAUUUGUCUUGCAAAAGGAACUGCUACUCUCAAAUGUGCAACUGCAAAAUGGUUUGUGUUUCAAUGACAAUAGGGAAAGGCUGACCCCCUAUGUCUAUGUUUGGGGGGAACAAUCAGGAAUUCAACAAUUAAUUAUUUUAUAGACGGUAUUAUUUAUUUUAAAGAAUGGGAUUUUAAAAAUCUUUUUUUAUGUACAAAUAUUUUAUAGCCGAUUAGUUUUGAUAAUUUUUUAAAGGUUCUCAUUUUGUUGAUAUUUGUGUUAUCUGUAUUUUCAGAUUCCCACGGCACCACUUGAAAAAGAUUCAUAUUAUUUAUUUAAUAUCUAAGAAAUAAUGGUGAUAUUGUGGACUACUUAUUUUGUAAUGUGUGUGUGUGUAUGUGUGUGUGUGCACACUCACGCACUUGUGUGUGUGCGUGUGUUUGUGACGGCUGCGUACAAACCUAUUGAUACUUAAAUAAAUGAAACUCAUGAUUCAAAAACAAA